GAUGGCUGAGGGCCACAACUAUAUUCCGCUGGGCCGCAUUCGGUUUUCAGUCUUGACAGAAUCUCUGGCCGAGCAUAGUGAGAGCGCGUGCCGCAAUGGACUUUGAUAAAAUUCUGGAAAAAUGCGGCCAUGCGGGACGGUAUCAGUAUCUGAUUCUGCUGCUGCUGGGCUACAUAGCAUUCACCAGCACGGUGCACUACUACUCCCAGAACAUCAUUGGGUUUGUGCCUCAGCACUGGUGCUACCACGAGGAGCUGGAGAAUCGAACUCACGAGGAGAUCGCUGCCAUUUAUGCGCCCUUCGGCAACAAGGCUGCCUGCACGCGCCUCGACAAGAUCGAGGUCCACGAGGGAGUCUACAAUGUGACCGUGAGCAGUCAGAGCUGUGAGCGCUGGAUAUACAAAUAUGACUAUGGAUUCCGCAGCAUGAACGUCGAGCUCAACUGGGUCUGCGAGAAUGCGUACAAGGCGCGCAUUGGGCAGUCGCUCUUCUUCUUGGGCUCCCUGAUGGGCACCUUCGCCUUUGGCAUGCUGGGCGAUCGGAUUGGCCGUGUGCGCGCCGUCAUCUUGGCGAAUCAGUGCGGCUUCGUGGGUGACUUCCUGACCACGUACGCCACGAAUCUGACACAGUUCAGCGCGUUCCGCUGCAUCUCCGGCCUGGCUGCAACAGCCAACUAUUAUCUGAUGUUUAUUCUAGUGCUUGAGUUUCUGGCGCCGAAGCUGAGGAAUUUGGCUAUCAGCGGAGUGCUUGGACUCUGCUUCUGCCUGGGUGCGCUGGUAGCGCCCUGGCUAUCUGUCUUGGCCGGCAAUUGGCGCAUCUAUCUGACGUUCUCCGCGCUGCUGCAGCUCAUCGUGGCACUCUUCUAUUUUGUGGUUCAGGAGAGUGCACAGUGGCUGAUCACGCGCAACAAUGUCGAGGGCGCCAUUGCCAGAUUGAAGCUCAUUGCCCACUUCAAUGGCCGCCAGGUGCCCCCCGCCGACUUUGAGGCGUUUCGGCGGCAUUGCACCGCCAAGCGCAAGCACGAGAGCCAGCAGAAUAAAGCCACACUCUUCGACCUGAUGCGCACUCCACGUCUGCGGAAGACUGCACUUAUAGUCAUCUUUACCUUCAUGCUGAUAUCCCUGAGCUUCAACACCAUCUCUAGAAAUGUGGAGGGUCUGGGUAUGUCGCCAUUUGUGGUUUUCUCGCUAUUUGCUGUGGUGGUGCCACCCUCUGGAUUCCUGCAGGGCCUCAUGCAAAGCCGCCUGGGCCGCAAGGCCACCUGUUUUGUGGCCUUGGCAGGCACGAGUCUGCUGGCCUGCGCCCUGGGCGUGUGCCUCUCCUUCGAAAGCGUCCAGUUAAAUGCCUCUCUGCUGCUGGCCUUCGCGAUGCCCACAAGACUGGGCAUCUCGAUAUGCUACACGACCUUCUCGCAGUACUCGUCGGAGCUGUUGCCCACCUGUGUGCGCUCCCGUGGCAUAGCCACAGCACACUUGGCCGCUGCGGCGGCCUCGGUUACCUCACCCUACCUGAUACACCUGGGCACCAAGUGGGCCGCUGGGCCAUCGUUCAUUCUGACGGCGUUGCUGCUGACUGCGGCGCUGUUCUCGCUGCUGCUGCCGGAAACGAACAAUAGGCAACUGCCCAUUACACUGGAGGACGGCGAGGCCUUUGGCAAGGGCGAGUCUAUGCUGUCCUUCGAUUGCUGGCGAGCUCGGGACGAUGAUGUGCUGAAGCAACCCGCCGAGGAGCUCAAGUUAAACGCACUUAAUGGCGCGCGUCGAAAUACCUCGCCGGAAACGGAAGCGGAAGGUGUAGUGGAAGCGGAUGCGGAUCCGGAAGCGGAAGCGUAAACUAGCCUUCUCGCUCGCCUGUAUAUAUAUGCAUACCCAUAUGUAUUUAAAACGCCAAAGUAUUAGAGAUCAAACACACAUUUUAGUUCCGAAAGUUGUCAAUAGAUGAGAAAUUUAUUUGAUUGAUUUUGGGUCACAGUAUUCAACAUAAUAUUAACUUAUAUAUAUAUUCACAUAUAUAAAUAGAUAGAGAGAGAGUUGUUUGUAUAUGUAAACUUUGUAAUCCUGUCGUGAUUGCUUACAUAGGUAUAAGUAAAGUGUACAUAGGGCAUGUACUCGUAAAAGAGUAUGUAAACAUUUGCAUUUAACGUCAUAUAUGCCAUAAAUGUAACGGCUCCAAUUUUAAAGAUUUUUUUGUGUAUUUUAUUUUCGUAUUUUCUUUAUAUUUGUUUCUUUUUUGUGUUUUGAAUUUUAUUUAAGAGCUAGAGAAAGUCUUACAAAGUACAAAAUAGAUAUCGCUUAGCCCUGUUUGAAACUCUCAUUGGAAAAACUUAUAAAGUCUGGGCCUUAGGAGCUUUAACUUAAGUCUAGCUGUAAUAUCCAGGACAGAGAUUGUGGGAAAUAUAUAUUCGUGUAAAUGU